UGACAUCGUAUUUAAACCCCGUGUGGCAAUCCCUGACGCACCGCCGUGAUGCCCAGGGAAGACAGGGCGACCUGGAAGUCCAACUACUUCCUCAAGAUCAUCCAACUUUUGGAUGACUACCCAGAAUGUUUCAUUGUGGGAGCAGACAACGUGGGCUCCAAGCAGAUGCAGCAGAUCCACGUGUCCCUCAGAGGGAAGACCGUGGUGCUGAUGGGCAAGAACACCAUGAUGCACAAGGCCAUCAGGGGCCACCUGGAGAACAACCCAGCUCUAGAGAAACUGCUGCCUCACAUCCGGGGGAACGUGGACUUCGUGUUCACCAAGGAGGACCUCACUGAGAUUCGGGAUAUGCUGCUGGCCAAUAAGGUGCCAGCUGCUGCUCGCGCUGGUGCUAUCGCCCCGUGUGAGGUCACUGUGCCAGCUCUGAACACUGGUCUGGGGCCCGAGAAGACCGCCUUCUUCCAGGCUUUGGGCAUCACCACCAAAAUCUCCGGAGGCACCAUUGAAAUUCUGAGUGAUGUGCAGCUGAUAAAGACUGGAGACAAGGUGGGAGCCAGCGAGGUCACACUGCUGAACAUGCUGAACAUCUCCCCCUUCUCCUUCGGGCUGAUCAUCCAGCAGGUGUUUGACAAUGGCAGCAUUUAUAACCCAGAAGUGCUGGACAUCACAGAGCAGGCCCUGCACUCUCGCUUCCUGGAGUGAGUCUGCAACGUGGCCAGCGUGUGCCUGCAGAUCGGUUACCCGACUGUUGCCUCCGUGCCGCACUCCAUCAUCAAUGGGUACAAGCGUGUCCUGGCUUUGUCUGUGGAGACUGAGUACACCUUCCCACUUGCUGAAAAGGUCAAGGCCUUCCUGGCUGAUCCAUCUGCAUUUAAAGAUUUUUUAUUGAAGAACAAACAGGAGACUUGGGGAAUUAUUUGCUUAGAUCGAGAAGAGAUUUCUAGACUAAACCUGGAACGGAGGAGUGUAUUCUCCAACCGUUCCGCGACCGCGCUCAGCAAGCAGGUUUUAUUCGAUGCGCUCGACGCUCUCUCGCCGGCGCGAUGGCGGCCGUCGGCGGCGCUGAGGCGGGAUCCGAGCGAGCCGAGUGAAGGUAGCGGCGAGCGGAGCCCCCACCGGACCCGGCCGGACCCCCACCCCGGGGCGGCCACGGCCCCGCCCGGCCUCCGCCCACCGCUCCGGCCCCCCGACACCGUCCGGGAGGCGCUUCAGGCCCGCCGCGGCCUAGCUCAGGGGCCAAGCCGGGAACUGGAGGACCCGCGGCCCGCGCCGCCCCUCCCCCUGCGCGCCGCCUGGGCGCUCCGGGGCGCCGGAGGCCGCCGGGACGUGGGAACACGGGUCGGGCGGAGCGCGGCACGGAGCCGGGGCGCGGGCUACCUGGGGCUGUCAGGAAGAGAGGUCCGGGACCGGCGGGAGGGCGGGAGGGCUGGGCGCGCGGCGAGCGGCGAGCGGGAGAGGAUGCCCGGAGCUUCCUGCGCUGCGCAGAGCUUUGUUGAACUAGCGGUUGCAGCAGACCUGCCGAGGUUAUCACAGCGGGGACCCCGGGAACGGUGGUCUUGGGGACUGUAUGGAUAA